AUGGCAAAAACUGAGGCACGAAGUAUGCCAUAUUCACGAACAGCAUCUGCUCCUUUGUCUAACACCCAGGCCAUCAUCAAUCUUGAGGUAAAGAAGAAAAAAGGGUCAAGAGAAAGGACCAUACGAACAAGAAGGAAAACGGCCCCGAUUGUAAUGCUUCCUGCUUCUUCCACUCUGGAAAAUCGAGAAAGUCCUGGUCGUUUGGGGGAUGAACUUGAAUUAAUGAGACCAUCCUAUGGAACCAGAAGCAAUAGAAGCAAAAAUGGAACCACAAAAGACUUUGUCCACCGAUCACAGUCUGUGCGGACUAGUCAUAGGCCGCAAUCCUUAGACCCCGCUAAUAGGUCUCGACAGAGGAUAAAUAGCAUUACAGAUGAUACUUUUCCUGAAAGAUCUUCCUCCAAUUGUUCUCUUCCACUCCCCGAAGAGGAAAGAGACUACUACCAAAGGCUCCGCAACUUCUCUAUUACACCUAAAGGCGUGAUAAACAGAGGUGAUUCUUUUCGCUCCAAGUCUUAUAGUUCUCACAGUGUGUCAUCUUGUGGGUCACAGCCUCCUACUGCAGAACUCUCGGUCGAGUCAUCCGACAUACCCGCCUGUUCAACCGUUAGGUACCGUAUCUUGGUUCUUGGAUGCCCUGGAGUAGGCAAAUCGGCUCUUACAACUCAGUUUACAACAUCAGAAUAUAUCUGUGCAUACGAUACUUCUUUAGACGAAGAAAAUGAAAAACUGGUAACUGUUGUGUUGAAUGGAGAGGAGUCUGAGCUGCUGUUUGUUGAACACACUCUCCCUAUAAAAGCAGAUUCUUUUCAACCAUUGGAAACAAUGUUAAAUAACGCUGAUGCCAUCAUCACCGUGUAUUCUUCGUGUGACAAGACAGGCUUCCGUAAAACAAGAGACACUCUUCUGAGAAUGAACAAUGUAGAAGAAAGAGAUCCCAAACCAGUUAUUUUGGUAGGAAACAAAACAGAUUUAGCUCGACUGAGGGUGGUUAGCACAAAAGAUGCUAGAGCCUUAGCCACCUCUAUUGGUUGCAAGUUCAUUGAGACUUCAGUGGGAAUCAACCAUAACGUUGAUGAGCUUUUGGUUGGAAUCUUAAGCCAGAUCCGGCUGAAAGGUCAACAGUUAGAUGGGAAAAGGGAGUCGGUCACCUUAGCUGGCCCGCCACUAGCGACUUCAUCUUAUACUGGUUGCAAAGCUAAAGUUUUUAUUAGAAAACUGUUAGAAAAGACUGUCCUAAAGUCGAAAUCUUGUAAUAAUCUGCACGUGUUGUAGAAACGAGAUACUCUUAAAAUUUACUAACAGUAGAGCUGAGGAUGUUUUAUAAUUAACCUUGCCGAUUCAACGAGGUUACAAAAUAAAAACAUAAAAUUCAAAGAUGUUUUGUAUUCAGAAAUUGAAAAGAGUUCGGAUACGAGAUGUCACUUAAUGACACUUACAAUAUACCAUUUUGUUUUUAGUGCUCAUUAUCU